UGAGUUGAUGAUUUUUUUGUUCUUUUCUACUCUGAUUUUUAAAGAGGGAAGAGAAAGAGAGAGAGAGAGAGAGAGUAAGAGAAUUGAGAGAAAUUGUAAUCGGUGAAAAUGUUGAGAAAACAACAUUUACACACAAAGAGGAGAGACAAAUUUGGAUAGGAUGUUAAUUAAAUCAAUUUAAUCAACUGUGAUUUUAAGAGAUUAGUUAGUUUAAUAGAAUCUGUGUUAUCAACUUGUUGUUGUUUAAUUGUUACUUCUUUUCCCUUGUUCUCUAUCUUUGUUUAUAUAAUAAGAGUCUGGAAGAUUUUAUUUUAUCUUCUAUUCUCUUUUGCCUUUUUUUUCUAUUUCAUAGAAAACACUGUGGCCCUUCAUCAUCAUUCAAUUAAAUUCUCUGCCCUUUCAUGGUAUCCAAUUGUGGCGUUGAUGGUGUUACCAAAGGAUUUUUACUAGUCUUUCUUUGUUUUCUGUGUCUUUUACGCUGUUGGUUUUAUGUGGACCGUUUUUGAUAGAAAAUGACAUCAAGAUUGGAUCGAUUGUUUUUACUUCUUGACCAAGGAACAAGUAGUGUCACUCGUAAGGCUGCAGCUCAACAAUUAGGUGAAGUUCAACGUUUACAUCCACAUGAGUUGAAUAAUUUACUUUCCAAGGUUCGAGGAUAUCUUCAUAGUUCUUGCUGGGAUACCCGAAUUGCUGCCAGUCUUGCUAUUGAAGCAAUAAUUAAACAAAUACCAAAGUGGCUACCCAAUGGUACUGACGAAGAGCCGGUUGAUAAUGUUGUACUUGAUGGUUUUGGUGGUGAGGGUAGAAUGAAAUUAAACCUUUUCGAUAUAAAUAAGGUAAUUGAAUAUGGUCGUAAUCUUCUUGCUUCAGAAGGAACCGAAUAUGAUACAAACAUGAUCAAUUGUGAUAAUUUAUCUGCUGAUAAUUUAAGAGAAAAAUUGUCCGCUCAAAGACAAUUGUUAAAUCAAAAAUUGGGUCUUGAUUUAAGUCAAAAGUUUAAUUUAGGAAUCAAAUCAGAUGAUCUUGUUUCCAAUGAAGAUUUAUCUAAUAUGCUUAACAUGAAAAUGGAAAAUACCGGAUCCGGUGUUGAUGGAAACAAGAUGAAUACAAGUAAUGAUGUAAACAAAAGUAACCCGGAUUCAAAGAAAAUGGAAAUAUAUAAGCUGUUGAAUCUGAAUAAAAGAAAGACCCUCGAAGAUGGUGGCUCCUUCGAUGAUAAUAUGACCAAUAAUAGUUCUAGUAAUUCCGGGAUAAGCCAAUUUACCGGUAAAAAAAUAAAAAUAGAAUCUGAUAAAAUGGAUGAUCAAAUCCAAAGUGAAUCUAAAGUGAUCGAUUUAAAUAAUCUCAGUGAAUGGCCUUUACAAUCUUUCUGUGAUGAGCUGAUGAGUGACCUUUUCAAUGCAAGUUGGGAGGUUCGUCAUGGUGCUGCAACAGCGCUUAGAGAGAUAAUUAAAGUCCAUGGUGUUUGCGGUGGAAGACCUUUAAAUGCACCGAAAAGUCAAAUGGAUGCUCUUAAUCAACUUUGGCUGGAAGAUUUGACUCUACGAUUAAUUUGUGUUCUUGCAUUGGAUAAAUUUGGUGACUUUGUCUCCGAUCAAGUUGUCGCUCCGGUUCGUGAAACAGCCGCUCAAACAUUAGGAUCAAUUUUCUACAUCAUGUCCAAAGAAAAUGUUUUCUCAACUGUUGGAAUCCUCUUACAACUUCUUGUUCGACCUGAAUGGGAAACCCGUCAUGGUGGACUUUUAGGACUUAAAUAUUUACUUGCCAUUAGAUCCGAUUUAACCUUUGAACUGUUACCCAAAGUGUUUGACUCUAUUUUUAAUUGUCUUAAAGAUAAUGAAGAUGAUGUUUCCGCUGUUUCUGCGGCCGCUUUGGUACCAGUUCGUGACUCAUUAUUAGAAACCUUACCUGACAAAGUUCCCAUAAUCAUCGAUUUUCUUUGGGAUGCUCUUCUGGAAAUAGAUGAUUUAACUUCUUCAACUAGUGAUAUCCUUAAGCUUUUAUCUUCUCUUUUAAUUAAAUAUCAUCAUCAUGAUCAGAAGCGACUUCGAGAAUUGGUUCCACGACUUUGGCCCUUUCUUGUACACAAUCUUCCUUCUGUUCGUAAAUCAGUCAUCGAAUCACUUCUAGUACUAAUAUCAUCUGAUUUAACCUGGGCUGAUGUUGAAAUUAUCUCAGAAUCUCUUCGUCUAUUGUAUCAACGAUGUUUAACCGAUAGUAAUCCUGAAAUACUUGAUCUUCUUUAUGAUUGUUGGUCAAAAUUUAUCAAAAGGUGUUCAAUCAAUGACAUUCUAUCAGCUACAACUCCCUAUUUGGCUGGAUGGAUUUGCUUGAUGAUGCAUCCAGCCAAAAAUGCAAUCGAUUCCAAAGUGAGUCCAGUUUGGUUUGUCCCCAAGCGACGAUUAUAUCACAAUUACAACGAUAAUAAUCAAAAAGUAAAAUACUCAGACAAUGGUAUAAAUAUUGAAACAGAGAAACAAUAUUUAGGAGGAUCUGAAUCAAUUAACGAUCCUUUACCUAAACGAGAGCGAUUUGUAAUUCGAGCUCGUCUUUCGGCUGCCAAAUUUAUUGGACUUUUAGCUGAAUACAUGUACCGUGUUGUUGUACCCAAAUCACCAAGUCCCUCUGAGUGUUUCACCAAUUUACUACUUUUCCAUCUCAACUCUAAAUCAGCAAUUCAACGAACCUGCGUCGCCUGGAUAAUCAAAGAAUGGUCUGGUGCCCAUGAAACUUCAACCAACGAAUCGACAAACAACAAUUUACCUCAACCUGUGAUCGAUAAAUGUUUAGAAUGUCUUAAAGAAACAGUUUAUUAUGAUGAAAUUACUCUCUCAUUUAAUAGGCUUCAACAUGACGCCCGUGAUUUCAUUAGUACACUUAAAUAUAAUAAACUAACCAUUGACGAAGAAAUUUAUAAGCCAGGAGGCCUUUUAACUAUCCAACAACUGAGUGAAUUGGUUUCAACAGUUUAUCAAUCAUCCAUUGAUUCAUCUAAAGUUAAAUUGAAACCAUCAAUCCUCGAAUCACUUGAAGAACGUCGUAAAACUAUUGCAACAUCUCUCGAAGAGUUAACUCGUUAUCAGAAUUCACUUUCAAUGAUGGUCACCUCAGCUCUGUCCAGUUGUAUAAUCUCAUGGAAAAUUUUACCUGAUAAACUUAAUCCAGUUGUUCGUCCAUUGAUGGAUUCAAUUAAAAGAGAGCCCAAUGAGCAAUUACAAAAAGCAUCAGCAAAUCAUUUAACCCUUUUACUUGACCUUUGUAUGUCUCAGGAUAAAUUAUCAGAAAACUCAACCUCACCCGUGGCCAAAAUAAUUAAAAAUUUGGUUACCUUUCUCUGUUCUGAUCUUAAUUAUACUCCCAACCUAUCAAAUCCAGUGUUAACUAAUUUAUCAUCAACCUUUUCAAGUGCCACCGUUAACAACAGUGGCUCAUGUUCACCUUCAACUCCAUCGACGCCCGGAACCCCUGACCUGUCCAAUGGUAUUCUAACUUUGAGUAAUAUGUGUAAACAAGCUGAAAGAUAUAAUCUUAAGAGAUUAAAUUCAUCAAAUUCAUUUAAGAAAAGCACCGAAAACACCGAUGAUGAUGCAACUCCAGCCAAUCCACUUGAAGAUAAUGAUAAGAUUAAUGAGCUUAUCCGACGAGGUGCAUCUUUCGCUUUAACACAAAUAGUUCGGCAUUUUGGUGAUCAACUGCCUGAUCGAUUACCACAAUUAUGGGACUACAUUAUCAAUCUUCAAACUUUGGUGACCGAAGCAAAUGAAAGGGUUGAUGUUAACAAGGCUCAGGAAUUGAUUCAAUGUUUACAAGUACUUGAAAUAGUUGCUCCUUACAUACAUGUUAACCUUUACCCUAAUUUACGUCAACUUUUACCUAAAUUAUGCUCUUGUUUGGAAAAUUAUUUCUAUGCUGUUCGUCACCUUUCCGCUCGUUGUAUCGGUGUUUUUAGUACCGUUAUAACCUCGGAGACAAUGGAUCAUGUUCUCGGUACAGUGUUGGAUAUGCUUGGUUCUAGUGAUUCUGAGCUUCGUCGUCAAGGAGCCGUUGAAGCCAUUUACUGUGUUAUCGAUAAACUUGGUAUUUCAAUUGUUCCAUUUAUCGUUCUCCUCAUAAUUCCCAUGUUAGGACGAAUGAGUGAUCAAAAUGACCAAGUUCGUCUUCUUUCUACUCAUUGUUUCGCCCAAUUGGUUCAAUUGAUGCCUUUAGAUGAUAGUAAAAGUGACAAAGUUCCCAUUAAAUUGGAAUUACUUGAGAAAAAGAAUCACGAGUCACGUUUUCUAGAGCAAUUAAUGAAUCCUAAAAAGAUGGAAAAUUUCAAAAUUCCAGUUCCCGUUAAUGCUGAACUACGAUCAUACCAACAAGAAGGUGUCAACUGGUUGUCAUUCCUUAAUCGUUAUAAAUUACAUGGGAUACUUUGUGAUGAGAUGGGUUUAGGUAAAACACUUAUGUCGAUUUGUAUUUUAGCCUCAGAUCAUUUCAUGAGAUCAGAGAAAUACAAACAAACCAAGGCACCCGAUUCAAAGCCCUUACCCUCUCUGGUCGUUUGUCCACCAACAUUAACUGGUCAUUGGGUUUAUGAGGUUGAAAAGUUUGUCGACUCAACGUAUCUUCAUCCUCUACAUUACACUGGACCACCAAUUGAACGAAACAAAUUGCGGAAUCGAUUGAAAAAUUUAAACACUAGAAAACCUUACAAUCUAGUUAUCGCCUCGUAUGAUAUCGUUCGCAAUGAUAUUGAUUUUUUCUCAUCUAUUUACUGGAAUUAUUGUAUUCUUGAUGAAGGUCACAUAAUUAAGAAUGGUAAAACUAAAUUAUCAAAAGCCAUUAAAUCACUUAAUGCCAACCAUAGACUCAUUUUGACCGGAACACCGAUACAGAAUAAUGUUCUCGAACUAUGGUCACUAUUUGAUUUUCUAAUUCCCGGUUUUCUUGGUACCGAAAGACAAUUUGCUAUUCGUUACUCAAAACCAAUUCUCCAAAGUCGAGAUGCUAAAUCAUCAUCAAAAGAACAAGAAUCCGGUGUGUUAGCAAUGGAAUCACUUCACCGUCAAUCUUUACCUUUUAUCCUUCGUCGUAUGAAAGAAGAUGUACUCAAAGAUUUGCCACCGAAAAUAAUGCAAGACUAUUACUGCGAAUUGAGUACACUGCAAUCACAGUUAUACGAAGAUUUUGCCAAAAGUCGUGCCCGUGCAAGUCUCGAGAAUUCAGUUCACAAACUUGAAGGUUCUAAUCCAGUGGUCAGCGGAGGAAGCGGUAAAUCAACCGACUCACAAGGAUCUUCAGCUCACAUCUUUCAAGCUCUUCAAUAUCUUCGUAAAGUUUGUAAUCAUCCGAAACUUGUUCUUACCCCUCAACAUCCACAAUAUGAAUCGAUAAUUUAUCGAUUAAAAGAGCAAAAUUCAUCUCUAAAUGAUGUUAAUCACGCUGCUAAAUUGUGUGCACUUAAACAACUUCUCCUUGAUUGUGGUAUCGGGACAACUUCUAGUUCAUCUAGUUUAAUGGGAGGAACUCAACCCGUUGUUAAUCAACAUCGAGCUCUAAUUUUCUGUCAACUCAAAGGGAUGCUCGAUAUCGUUGAAAAUGAUUUACUCAAAACUAACAUGCCUUCAGUUAGUUACUUACGUUUAGACGGUAGUAUCCCACCGGGUUCACGACAAUCAGUUGUUUUCCAAUUUAAUAAUGAUCCAUCAAUUGAUGUGCUACUUUUAACAACACAGGUCGGUGGUCUUGGUCUUAAUUUAACUGGAGCCGAUACCGUGAUUUUUGUUGAACAUGAUUGGAAUCCAAUGAAAGACCUUCAAGCCAUGGAUCGAGCUCAUCGAAUUGGACAGAAAAAAGUUGUCAAUGUUUACAGAUUAAUUACUAAAGGAACACUAGAGGAGAAAAUCAUGGGUUUACAGAAAUUUAAAAUGACCAUUGCUAAUACUGUGAUUAGUUCAGAUAAUUCUCAACUUCAAACAAUGGGCACUGACCAGUUGCUUGACCUUUUCUGUUUGGAUAAUAAAAGUGGACCAGAAAAUAAGGAUUCGUCUGGUGAUUCAAAGACGUCGGGAGUUAAAUCGGUAUUGGAAAAUUUACCUGAACUUUGGGAUACUAAUCAAUACGAAAAUGAAUAUGAUUUAAGUAACUUCAUUGAAUCACUAAGAUCAUGAUAUUAAUUAUCAAGUUUUCAUUUCACAUUUCAUCAAUUCAUCUCCCAAUCAAUCCAUCAAUCAUCAUUAAAUCAUCAUCACAGUUAACACAAAGAGAGAAAGAGAGGAUUCUUAAGUUAUGAAAUAGAUUCAAAUCAUCUGAAGGAAAUGGAAAUCAAAUAACAAAAGGAGAAACAGCUGAUUGAAAUUGAAUUUUUUUUUCUAUUUUCAAUUCUAAAAAUUCAACCAAACGAAAUGUGUGUAAAAAAUGCUAAUCAAAAACACUUUUAAAUCUCCAACAUUUAAAGACAAGUUAAUGAGGUGAAACAUUGUUUUCUUUUCUAAGUCUGUAAAGAAUCAUCUAUUUAUUUUUUAUUAAUAUUAAAAAAAAGAGAAAUUGAAAA